AUGUCCGUACAGAAAAUCAACCUCCAGCCGCGCAUGUCCAAGAAGGGUCCCUUCACGGUCGAGGUGCCUGGCUAUGAACCCGUCCCUGGUGAGACAAUCCCCCGCCGGCACCCCCUGGCCAAGAACGGCCUUGUUACGCGCAUCUCCGACGAUGUCUCUACCACCUACGAGAACUUCCGCCGAUCCGCUCGUCUUUUUGGCAACGGCAAAGCUGUCGGCAGUCGCCGGCUGAUCAAGACCCAUGUGGAGACCAAGAAGGUUAAGAAGAUUGUGGAUGGUGUCGAGAAGGAGGUUGACAAGCAGUGGACCUACUUUGAAAUGAGUGGGUAUACCUACAAGACCUUCCUCGAGUACGAGAAGCUCUGCCUGGAGCUUGGUUGCGGUCUCCGCAAGCUUGGCUUCGAGAAGAACGGCAAAAUCCACCUCUAUGGCGCAACGAGCGCACACUGGCUGUCAAUGUCGCACGCUGCCUCCUCUCAGUCCGUGACCAUCGUGACCGCAUACGAUACUCUGGGCGAGGAUGGUCUCCAGCACUCCCUUGUCCAAACUGGCAGCACUGCUAUCUUCCUCGAUCCCGGCCUGUUGAAGUCGCUGAUCAACAUUCUCCGGAACGUACCCUCACUGAAGCAUAUCAUUUACAACACCGAUACGGAGGUUGACCAGAAGCUUCUUGAUCAGUUGCACAGCGAGUUUAUCCACAUCAACGUGAUGAGCAUCGAGGACUUGCGCAAGCAGGGCGAGGAGAACCCCGUGGAGCCUGUUCCCCCCAAGCCAGAGGACCUGUGCUGCAUCAUGUACACCUCGGGCUCAACAGGCACACCGAAGGGUGUGCCGUUGACUCACGCCAACGUUAUCGCUGCUACCGCUGGUGUCAACACUGUCAUCGGUCCCUGUAUCAACCACACGGACUCCCUCCUGACCUACCUUCCUCAAUCCCACAUUCUGGAAUUCAUGUUUGAGAACAUGUGUCUAUUCUGGGGUGGCACCAUGGGAUACGGUAAUCCUCGCACAUUGUCCGAUGCUUCGAUGCGGAACUGCCUGGGCGAUAUCAAGGAGUUCAAGCCUACCAUUCUGGUGGGCGUUCCGGCCGUAUGGGAGUCGGUGAAGAAGGGUGUUUUGGCCAACCUGAACAAGAACAGUUUCCUGAUCAAGGGCAUGUUCUGGGGUGCCCUGUCGGCUAAGAAUUUCCUGAUGAGCACUGGAAUUCCUGGCUCAAACCUGGGCACCUGGGUUUUGGACAACGUUGUCUUCAAAAAGCUGAAGGAGGCCACGGGAGGCAGACUCCGUAUCUCCUUGAAUGGCGGUGGUCCGAUCUCCAAGGAUACCCAAAAGUUCCUGUCGAUGGCUAUUUGCCCUAUGAUUGGUGGCUAUGGUUUGACCGAGACCUCUGCUAUGGGUGCUCUGAACGAUCCAUUGGCCUGGAACCCUAAUGCUCUGGGUGACAUCCCUGGCUGUAUCGAGGUCAAGCUUGUUGACUUCGCCGACGCUGGAUACCUGACCACAAACAAGCCUCCUCAGGGCGAGAUUCUCAUCCGCGGUGGUAGUGUAACCACAGGCUACUGGGAUAACGAGGAGGAGACCAAGGCUUCCAUUACCGAGGAUGGCUGGUUUAAGACUGGUGAUAUCGGCGAGUUCGAUCGCAACGGCCACUUGAGCAUCAUUGACCGCAAGAAGAACUUGGUCAAGACCCUGAACGGUGAAUACAUUGCCCUGGAGAAGCUUGAGUCUAUCUAUCGCUCGUCUCCCGUGGUUGGCAACAUCUGUGUCUACGCCGCCCAGGACCAGGACAAGCCCAUCGCUGUCAUUGUCCCCGUCGAGGCGGCGUUGAAGAAGGUUGCUAGCGAAAAUGGCAUCCAGGGCGAUACUCUCGGAACACUCGUUCACAAUGACAAGCUCAACAGGAUUAUCUUGCAGCAACUGCAGACCGCUGGCCGUGCUGGUGGCUUGAGGGGCAUUGAGAUUAUUAACGGUGUUGUACUGUCCGAUGAGGAGUGGACCCCGCAAAACGGUUUCAUGACCGCUGCACAGAAGCUCCAGCGCAAGAAGAUCCUCAAUCACUAUGAGACCGAGAUCAACAAGGCCUACGGCAAGAAAUAA